CCGGCAGAAGAAAACUUGCCCCGGGCCGAUCCAUGGAGCAGUGUGGGAAUGCUGUAUCCGUAGGUGGGAACCAGAGAACCGGACGGGCAGCCACAUUUCGGCCACAUCACCCUGGACUGCCUCUGCUGCUGGUGUGAUCAAGAGUGACUUAAUACCACGGCGCAGGGCUUGGCUUAAAAACAUCUGCGGGGUGGAAGAAGAAGCGCGUUUAUUCCUGCGCCGCUAUCAGGACGAUGUGACAAAUCACUCAUCUGCUGCCUGGGAAAAAAACUGUGAAGCCGGAUUUUUUUUUUCACUGCUGGGGAUCAUCUGAGCUGGUCGUUAUAAGGCUGGCAGGCCUGGGGUGGGACAGAGAACAUGGCUGAACCACGGCGGGAGAGCACCAGCAGCCUGCAGAGGAAGAAGCCUCCCUGGCUCAGACUGGACAUUCCCACGGCUCAGAUGUCACUAGACGAGCCUCCCACUUUUGUUCAGCCCGUGAAGAGGCAGGGGUUCCUGCGCAGUAUCAGCAUGCCAGUGGAGACCUCUCACCUCCAGUCCCCACCCCGUGACCUUUUUGACACCCGGCGGCCUGUGUUACAACGCCAGUCAUCCAUCACUCAGACCAUAAAGAGGGGAACAGCGGACUGGUUUGGGGUCAGUAAAGACGGCGAUGCUACCCAGAAAUGGCAGAGGAAAAGCCUGCGCCACUGCAGCCUGCGCUAUGGAAAGCUGAAACCACAGGUGAUCCGAGAGAUGGAUCUGCCCAGCCAGGACAACAUCUCUUUAACCAGCACUGAGACCCCACCUCCUCUCUAUGUCCCCUCCUCACAGCAUGGCAUGCAAAAGAUUGUGGACCCACUGGCGCGAGGCCGAGCCUUUCGUAUGGUAGAGGAGGUGGAUGGCUAUAGCGUGCCUCAGACCCCCAUCACCCCUGGAGCAGCCUCGCUUUGCUCCUUCACCAGCUCCCGCUCAGGUCUCAACCGACUGCCUCGCCGACGGAAGAGGGAGUCUGUGGCAAAGAUGAGCUUCAGGGCUGCAGCAGCGCUUGUCAAGGGACGCUCAUUACGGGAGAGCACUCUAAGACGGGCCCAAAGACGCAGCUUCACCCCUGCCAGCUUCAUGGAGGAGGACAUGGUGGACUUUCCUGAUGAACUGGACACAUCUUUCUUUGCCAGGGAUAUUCUGAUGCAGGAAGAAUUGUCCACGUUUGCAGACGAGGUGUUUGAGUCUCCGUCUGAGGCGGCCAUGAAAGAGGCAGAGCCGAGCAGCAAGAAGGAUGAGACAGAGCUGACAGGCAGUGCCCUAGAUAAGACAGAGCUGGAGAGAAGUCACCUCAUGCUACCUCUGGAGCGAGGGUGGCGCAAAGCCAAAGAAGGAACUCCGGGACCACCAAAGGUGCCCUUGCGGCAGGAGGUGGUGAGUGUUACCGGACAGCGGCGUGGGCAGCGCAUCGUUGUACCUGUCAAGAAGCUUUUUGCCAGAGAGAAGAGACCUUAUGGACUGGGCAUGGUAGGAAAGCUCACAAACCGCACCUACCGCAAGCGCAUUGACAGCUACGUCAAGAGGCAGAUAGAGGACAUGGAUGACCAUAGGCCUUUUUUUACAUACUGGAUCACCUUUGUCCAUUUGCUCAUCACUAUCCUGGCUGUAUGUAUCUAUGGUAUUGCGCCAGUGGGCUUCUCCCAGCAUGAAACGGUUGAUUCUGUUUUAAGAAACAAAGGCGUGUAUGAAAAUGUCAAGUUUGUACAGCAGGAGAACUUUUGGAUCGGGCCGGGUUCGGAAUCUCUGAUCCACUUGGGGGCCAAAUACUCUCCAUGCAUGCGGCAGGACAAGCAGGUGCAUGAUCUUAUCAGGGAAAAGAGAGCUGUCGAACGCAACUCUGCCUGCUGUGUGCGGAACGAUCGCUCCGGCUGUGUUCAGACCUCAGAGGAGGAAUGCUCGAGUACUCUGGCUGUGUGGGUAAAGUGGCCAAGGCAUUCCAGCACUCCCCAGUUAAAUGGUAAAGACAGACAGUACGGCUCUGUGUGCCAUCAGGAUCCAAGGAUAUGUCUAGAGCCUGCCUCAGUAUCACCUCAUGAAUGGCCCGAUGACAUCACCAAGUGGCCAAUUUGCACCAGGUACAACACAGGGAACCACACCAACCUGCCUCAUAUAGACUGUACCAUCACGGGCCGACCCUGCUGCAUUGGAACCAAAGGGAGGUGCGAAAUCACAUCCCGGGAAUAUUGUGACUUCAUGAACGGCUACUUUCACGAGGAGGCUACUCUCUGCUCUCAAGUGCACUGCAUGGAUGACGUAUGCGGACUGUUGCCUUUCCUCAACCCUGAGAUCCCAGAUCAGUUUUACAGGCUCUGGCUCUCACUUUUCCUGCAUGCUGGGAUCCUUCACUGCCUGGUGUCGGUGGCUUUCCAGAUGACCAUCCUGAGGGAUCUGGAGAAGCUGGCGGGCUGGCUGCGCAUCUCCAUCAUUUACAUCCUCAGUGGCAUCACUGGCAACUUAGCUUCAGCCAUCUUCUUGCCCUACAGAGCAGAGGUGGGGCCAGCCGGCUCUCAGUUCGGGAUCCUGGCCUGUCUGUUCGUGGAGUUGUUUCAGAGCUGGCAGAUCCUUGCCCAGCCCUGGAGGGCCUUCACCAAGCUGCUAUGUGUGGUGCUCUUCCUCUUUGCCUUUGGGCUGUUGCCCUGGAUCGACAAUUUUGCCCACAUUUGCGGCUUCAUCUCUGGCUUCUUCCUGUCCUUCGCCUUCUUGCCCUACAUCAGCUUUGGCCGCAUGGACCUGUACCGCAAACGCUGUCAGAUCAUCGUUUUCCUGCUGGUGUUUGUCGGCCUCUUUUCAGGCCUCGUGGUGCUCUUCUACGUCUACCCAAUCAAGUGUGAAUGGUGCGAGUUGCUCACUUGCAUCCCUUUCACGGACAAAUUCUGCGAGAAGUACGACCUCAACGCGCACCUCCACUGAAGUGUGCACAGCGUGAGCACAGCAGGAAGGCAUCAGGUCAAAAGAGGCGGACUGACAGAUGAUUUCAGCCAGUCUGUGUCUCCACUCUGCCCAUGUGUGACUGGGGGACUGCCCCCUUCUCUGUGAACAAUAUACUUGUGUUUUUUUACUCUGUCUGUAUGAACACCUAUGCCACUCAUCUUAAGGACUUCCUUUAAUCACCUCCAUGUUCACUGGCAGUCAUUGUUACUCCUUCACUGUCCAGUGAAACAAAGGUUUGGCACUUCUGAACCUCAUCAAAGCUCCCAGCUGCCCUUUUACAUGUGAGGCAGGAAUUAGACAAGCUGGUGCUGGUACAGAGAAGACUUUUUUUUUACAUUCACACUCCAGAAGGUUUUUUUUUUUAUUAUUCAGGCAACCUCAUACAGGAGCAGGGACAAAAAAAUCAAAUAUUGAUACCUUUGGUGCCUUGUUGAUAAAUGUACCAACUACUGCCAUAUUUUUGUUACAUUAUGCUGAACACUCGAAUGUUUUCUUUUAUUUGUUUAUUGCUUCUCAAGAAGUGAUGAUUGUUUUGAACACGGUAGUGUUUUAGCUACCUGUCUACUCACAUGUAACU